AUGGCACCUUUCAUCACUGCUAUUGAUAAUCUUCAUCCCAGUAUCUCCAACUCUGCUAUCAAAGUUUUUUGUCUCCGUUCCUAUCAACACAAAUCUGCAGAAAAAAAUGAUGAUAUUUUAGAAGAUGUUUUCCACGAUAAAACGACAUUGUCUGCAGGGAUUCGUUCGAAGGGUGAUAUUGUUUUGAAUGUGGCUUCCAGUGGUAUAGCUUCUUUAUUAUUGCCCGGUGGUAGAACGGCACAUUCCCGCUUUAAGAUUCCUGUCAAUGUGAAUGAAGAUUCGAUGUGCAAUAUAAAACCAGUGAGUGCACUUGCUGAGCUCAUUUUGAGAGCUAAACUUAUUAUAUGGGAUGAAGCUCCUAUGAUCCAUAAACAUUGUAUAGAAGCUGUAGAUAGGAGUUUCAGAGAUAUUAUGCUUGGAUGUAAUGAGUUUAGUAUGGACCAACCUUUUGGUGGAAAAACUGUAGUUUUUGGUGGUGACUUUAGACAAAUUUUACCGGUUAUUCCUAAUGGUACCCGACAAGAUGUUGUGAAUGCUACCAUUAACUCUUCUUAUCUUUGGAGGAGUUGUAUAGUUUUGAGGUUGACAAAAAACAUGAGACUAUUGAGUUUUCAAUAUGGUGAUGAAGCCUCCAAGUUAGAGGCUUUUUACUCUUGGGUUGCCUCUAUUGGAGAUGGGGUUAUUGGUGGUCCAAAUGAUGGUGAAGUAUCUAUUCAUCUUCCUUCUGACAUUGUUUUGUCUAAUUCUGGAGAUUCUCUUAUAACCAUUAUUUCCAACAUAUAUCCUUCGUAUAUGAAUCUCCAUGGGUUAAGUAAUUCUUUGCAUGGUCGUGCAAUACUUGCUCCUACUUUAGAGAUAGUUGAUGAGGUUAAUCAAUUCAUGAUUUCAUUGGAUCAGUCUCAAGGUCGAGUUUAUUUGAGCUCUAAUAGUAUAUCAAACUCUGAUUUGACAUUAAAUGGCUUUGCUGAGAUUCAUACAGUUGAAUUUUUGAAUAAUUUGAAAUAUUCAUGUACUCCUAAUCAUGAAUUAUUGCUGAAAGUUAAUACUCCAAUGAUGUUGUUAAGGAACAUAGAUCCUUCUAAUGGUUUGUGUAAUGGCACCCGAUUGAUUAUUACACGUUUAGGUGACUAUGUUUUGGAGGGACAAGUAUUGGCUGGUCAUAUGGUCUUAAGGUGUUGA